GGUGGAGCCAGCCUGCAUCUCCAUAGCAACCGUCCUGCUGGAGGAGGUUGCUAUGGAGCCCCUUUAAAACAGCAGGAGAGGAAACUGGUUCUGGGUUUCAGAGCCGUCAUCUGUACCCCUCUAUACUGUAACAGAGACCCCUACUCUUCCUCAGUCUGUACCCUUCUAUACUGCAGCAGAGUCCCUACACUCUCUCAAUCUGUAACCUCUAUACUGUAACAGAGCCCCCUACUCUUCCUCAAUCUGUACCCCUCUGUAUUGUAACAGACCCCUACUCUUCCUCAAUUUGUACCCCUCUAUACCGUAAUAGAGACCCCUACUCUUCCUCCGUCUGUACCCCUCUACUGCAGCAGAGCCCCUACUCUAUCUCAAUCUUUACCUCUCUAUACUGUAACAGAGCCUCCUACUCUCUAUCUGUACCCCUCUAUACUGUAACAGAGCCCCAUACUCUCCCUCAAUCUGUACCCCUGUACCUAUCUCUAAAGUGCGUUUCUCAAAUCAAGGAUUCUCAAUCAUCCUGCAGUUUUUUUUUUUGUUUUUUUUUAAAUGAAAAAUGAAUUUGGUGCCUGCAAUUAAAUGUUGAUUCUGCGCUGAAGACUCAAAACUGACUGACUCAACUGUGUUCUGCUUAUCCCAGUGUGGCCCCACCCUAAAAAAAUCAAAUAGACUCCCAGUCUGUACCCUUAAUCUAGUGGGUGGAAUGCAACUUUGCAACUGUGAGUGGGUGUAAAUGCACUUGGGAAUGGGCCGACCAUAACUGAGUUAGGAUACAUGUAGGCUAUGUAUUCAGUGUUUAUUUCAGGAAAUAUUAUCUACUUUUGCAUUAAAAUGAUCAUUGACAUACUAUGCACUGAUUUUUAGGCAUUAAUAUGUCACAAUUACCAAUCAGAGCAUAUUUAACAUGGGUUUAAUUGCUGGUUGUUUUUUUUUUUUAAACAGGACCAAUAUGUUCAGUUAUUCAAACCAAAAAUACUUAAUUUCUCAUAUUAGAGCUUCACUUUCACUUCAGUUGUUUCCUGUGAGGAGGGGGAGGGGGGAUGAUAUAUCAGACAGUGGCCUUGGAGGGAAGUGAUGUCAACAACGGCUGUUAUCUCUGAAGGAAGCAGAAUGGCAAAUGAACAUCAGAAAUGAAAUUCUUAGCCCACAAUCUAUUCAUCACAGAGGGAAAAUGGAUUGUACUUUAAACCUAGAACUUUUGAAGCCGAUACCAAAAUGAGUCUGCCCUGUAAAGUGUUAAAAAGUUUGAAUGCUAUGGUUUGAAACAUUGCCAUCGUGGCUUGUGAACGCAAGGGAGGGGCGGCCUGCAACACUUGAAUCAGAUGCUUGAAACUCUUCCCAGAUCAUGACCUGGUAGGAGCUGCUGGACUGUUAGAGAGACUUUAUUUUUCCUAUGAAGGGAAUGCAUUGGUAUUGUUGGAACAGUAGGAGGGUUUCAGUGGAGUGAAGAAAUGGCAAAUGGCUUGCCUCUCUGUCUGCUAACCACUAUUACCACUGGAGGGAAGAGAAGAUGAAACAGGGCUUUUUUUCUAAGAAGCGGCUAUGGGUUUUUAUGCUGUGUCUGGUGUUACUGGCACUUUUGUUCUUCUCCAGUCGCACAUUUGCCAUCCCAUGGAGUGUAACUAGUUUCAGUAUGAGUUAUGAGAGUUUUGUACAUGAUGGCAGUUUGUCAAACCCAGAAGCGGAACACAGCAGAUCGACAGAGGAGGGAAGAGGAAAUGAGGAGGAUGCUUUUAAAUCUACUGAGAAAUAUUUAGCAAACAGACAGCUUGCAAACAAUGGCAUACCUCCUGAUAAAAUCAAAUCUGCAAACAACGUGAAACCCGAGCCCUUAACUUCUAGAGCCCAGACAAAGCCACCACUGACUGAACCACCAUUCAUCGGGGACAAAUAUGCACAAGAGGACAUCCACUCAUCGGACUGUCCGGACAACAUUCCCAAGAAGUUUUUGAAAUCCAUGUUGUUCAAAGACAAGUUCCUAGAGACCGUUCCCAUCCUGCAGUGGAAGAAGCACGCCACAGCGGAGGAGUACAGCCGUCUGAAACAAUACAACGGGGCCCACGGAUGGAGCGUGGUCCCCUUUGAUGUCCUGAAGGAGUCUUUGGACCUUUUAAACACCACGGCUAACCAGCACAUGCUUGAUGACUGGGGUAGCAGGGCUAACAGGCCAGCCUGUGUCCGCUGUGCUGUGGUCGGGAAUGGGGGGAUACUGAAGGGCUCCCAGAAAGGAAAAGAGAUUGACCAGCAUGACUACGUCUUCAGAACGAACGGAGCUGUGAUUGAGGGGUUUGAGGAGGAUGUCGGGAGAAGGACCUCGUUCUACACCUUCUCCACUAACACCCUGCAGAACUCCAUGAUGGCCUAUUUCUCACUGGGGUUCAGCGGACCCCCUAAGUCUGAGGAGACCCGGUUCAUCUUCCUGCCAGACCACGAUCGAGACUACCUCCUUCUAAAGGCAGCGGUGACACACACGCCCGUCGAGAAGGGGCCAGAGCGAUCCAAGACUCCACCAAAACAGUUUGGAGAGGAUGUAAGAGCGGAAAAAUUCAAAAUGUAUCAUCCAGACUUUAUUCGUUACAUUAGGAACAGGUUCUUGCGUGCCAGUGUUUUAACAACAGGAUAUAGAGAUUAUUACCGUGCCUCCACAGGGGCUACCAUGUUAUUGGCUGCAGUGCACACAUGUGACCAGGUGAGUGCCUAUGGCUUCAUGACUCCCAACUACGCCAAAUUCUCAGACCAUUACUAUGAUAACGUCUACCAUAAAGUGACCUUCUACAUCAACCACGACUUUAGGAUGGAAAUGAGGCUCUGGCAGCAACUCCACGAGGCUGGCAUCAUUCAGUUAUACACAAGGGAGUGAGUGUGGUCUGUCUGGUGCCCCAACCCUACCAGCCUGGCGUGUAGAGCUGUCUGGUAAUAGCUGUGUAAAGCAGCAUAGGGCACCACCAAUGCAUUUUGAUUCUUGUAAGAUGGCAUCCUGACAGCCUGUCAUGGUCAUGUGUUGCAUUGCUGGCGCCCUUUUUACUCCACUUGUGGUAAUUUCUGGGAUUUAGCUGGGAUGACAUUUCACCAUCCUGCCGGGAAUAUACUGGAUACUACAGCUUGCACAUUACACCACUGCUACCUUCUGGACAUCUGGCAAAUUACAACUCAUUCCUAUUCAUUGAAAUGAAUUACUCGGGGUGCCAAACUGGUUGGCUGUGGAUAGACUGUUUACUCCAAUAACCAGAAACUGCUCAUAUCAGUGUCCUCUCCUACCUGAAUUUUCAAUAGUUUGUCUGGCCAGUGGAUGAGGUACAAGAGCUUGUGUUGUACUGCCUCUAACUUGAUGACGCAUCUCUUUAAUACAUGUCUCUGAGCUUUCAAAUGAUAACGUGAUAACAACGACUCGCGACAGCUCUUUUUGUUGCAGGGAGAACACUGGGCUAGUGUUGUGAACCAUGCGAGGAGGUUGUGUUACUCUGAUCAGAUAUGGGGACUCCCUGAAUUAAACAUAGAAGGAAUUAAAUACACUGUAACAAUAAUGACCACUUUCAUCUGGCUAAAUUCCAUACCUUCAGGAAUGUGUUAAUACAAUCAUAUAAUACUGCUGUCAAUAUAUUUUUGUAUUGUAAUGAAUGUGUGAUUUUACUUUAUUUGUGUAAUGUAUUUUAAAACAAAUGUAAUAUUGCAGAAAAAUGUGGCUUUUUGGUCUCUAUAUAUUUACAUAGUAUAUUUCUAAACAUAUGUUGAACUGUGGAUGUUAUGGUUUGUAUAUAUGUUAAAUCUCUGCCCUGGAUAAUCAAUGGUUAUACACAAGACAAUCUCCUUCGCAAACCAGACCUCAAAUCAUCUGUGCCUGUAUGUCUAAUGAACAAAUAAUAAAUAAGUAAGCCAAAAUUACAUUUAUUGUAAUAUUUAAUGUUAAAUUUGAAGUCGUUGAAUGAUGUGAUGUCUGCAUUGUUCAACAUUUGCAUGCUGAAGUGAACUUGUAUUAAAGUGACCUCUUUUAUACUUGUCGCUUUGGCAUUUUAGGGACUGCAAGUCAGAUCGUGAAAUAAGAAGGUAGUGAUACAUAUUAAACAGACCGCGCAGGAUUAUUUAAAAAUCACUCUUGAAUGUGGUGUUUCCCUGUGUGUGGUUUGUAAUGCACUAACACGUCACUGUCGUGCUAGUAAUUCCUGCACCAGUUAAAGAGCGUGGCCCGUCUUUCUUCAGCUUUCUUUUUUUUUUUUUAUCUUGG